AUGAAUCGGCCAACAGACCCGAUAAUAUCAUCCAUACCAUGCGCAACCUCUCAAGACCCCGAGUGCACUGAUAAACCGGAGAACUACGUUGCAGGCGUUCAGGAACGUCCGCCAGCAUUCCUUCCCUGGGCGACUCCUGCGUACGUCAACGACGGCUUUUUCCUCCUCGGCCUCGCACUCACCAACAUCACAGGGAAAACUCUGGAUGAAGUGUUCCGCAACGCCAUUUUCGAUUUCCUCGACAUGACCAGGUCCAACUCCAGUGCACCCGACCCAUCGGAACGGUUCGGGGCCGCUAUUCCCGGCGAUCCGCAGUACUUCGCGAUUGACAAUAUCCUCAACAACACCCUGCUCUCCGCCGAUGAGACGCGCAAGUGGGUUAAGCCUAUUUCCCGUACGGCGCGGUUGGAAAACUUCGAUGGCGUCCCAUGGGAGAUUUCGCGCUACACUCACACGGCCACGGGCGUUGUCACUGACAUAUACACGAAGUCCGGCGACUCCGGUUAG